UGUGCCUCCAAGGGCUCCUGUGUCCUGUGGGCUGAGUGAGCACGGCCAGGCCUUCGCUCCACAGUAGACCCUUCUGUUGAUUUCCUCACAGAAAAAAAGGCUCAUAGCCAACAUCUAAAGCACACUGAACACCAGGAGCGGCUGCAUGGACCUGGACACGUGUCUGCCUGACCUGCCCCUGGGCUCUUGGUAGGACGCCCUGCAGCAAUGCAGACAGGGGCCUGCAGGGAGAGGCCACAUCCCCAGGAGCCAGGCUAUCAGGUGGGGCAAGAGGCCAGCUGUGCUCGCUUUGCAGUGCGGUCCCGUCCAAGCACGGCCCCUCAUUUCUGGAACCCGGCUGUAAACAGCAGGAGGGAGGGGCGGCGGCGCCUGCCAAGGGAGGCAGAGGCCCUGCGGGGAACUUACCAGAGGAAAACAAGUGCUUGCAUCCUGGGGCCCUCACACGCACGCGCAGGAGGCCAGGCGUGCUGCUGAUAAGAGCCUGCAGGUUUGCAGAGAAGCGCAGCAGCGCAGGUCCUCACCGGAGUUCUGGUGGCCACCUCUGUCCCGCCAUGCUGCUCACUAACAGUGUCCGGGGCCCACAGCACCAAGAGGCUCGGGCCACAAAGUAAAGGUGCAUCCUGUCUGGAGCUUGUGCUGGCCUGGCGAGUGGAGCCCAGAGCCCACCCCCAACUACCAACAUCCCCCAGAUUGCCGCCUGCCCGGCCCAGGAGGUUCUAGUCAAGAUGUAUUAGUGAGGGGCUGGACAAGGGUCGCAAGCCUCACCGACUGACAUGUGGGGCUGCGGCUGGUUCAACGGCACAGGGCUGGUGGAGGAGCUGCCUGCCUGCCAGGACCUGCAGCUGGGGCUGUCACUGCUGUCGCUGCUGGGCCUGGUGGUGGGCGUGCCAGUGGGCCUGUGCUACAACGCUCUGCUGGUGCUGGUCAACCUACACAGCAAGGCCAGCAUGACCAUGCCAGAUGUGUACUUUGUCAACAUGGCAGUGGCGGGCCUGGUGCUCAGCGCCCUGGCCCCUGUGCACCUGCUCGGCCCCCCGAGCUCCCAGUGGGCACUGUGGAGCGCGGGUGGCGAGGUCCACGUGGCACUGCAGAUCCCCUUCAACGUGUCCUCACUGGUGGCCAUGUACUCCACCGCCCUGCUGAGCCUCGACCACUACAUUGAGCGUGCACUGCCGCGGACCUACAUGGCCAGCGUGUACAACACGCGGCACGUGUGCGGCUUCGUGUGGGGCGGUGCGCUGCUGACCAGCUUUUCCUCGCUGCUUUUCUACAUCUGCAGCCACGUGUCCACCCGUGCGCUGGAGUGCGCCAAGAUGCAGAACGCAGAAGCCGCCAACGCCACGCUGGUGUUCAUCGGUUAUGUGGUGCCUGUACUGGCUGCCCUCUACGCACUGGUGCUACUCUCCCGCGUCCGCAGGGAGGACACACCCCUGGACCGGGAUACAGGCCGGCUGGAGCCCUCGGCACACAGGCUGCUGGUGGCCACCGUGUGCACGCAGUUUGGGCUCUGGACGCCACACUAUCUGGUCCUGCUGGGGCACACGGUCCUCGUCUUGCGAGGACAGCCCGUGGACGCACACUACCUGGGGCUGCUGCACUUUGCGAAGGAUUUGUCUAAACUCCUAGCCUUCUCCAGCAGCUUCGUGACACCGCUUCUCUACCGCUACAUGAACCAGAGCUUCCCUGGCAAGCUCCGGCGGCUGAUGAAGAAGCUGCCCUGUGGGGACCGGCACUGCUCCCCAGACCACAUGGGGGUGCAGCAGGUGCUGGCGUAGGCGGCCCAGCCUUCCCAGAGAGACGUGACUGUGGUGGACACAGAGCACUUAGUUACCCUGGAUGCCUCCGCGUCCUUCCAGAAGGAGACGAGCUGCUGGAAGAGAAGUAGGAGGGGUGUUUUUCUUGAAGUUUUCUUUUUCCCACAAAUGCCACUCUUGGGCCAAGGCCAUGGUCCCAGUGGCUGGAUCUGGCAUGAGCUUCCCCGAGGCCUGUGCAUCUCCCGAACACACAGCUCAAGGUCCACAUCCGCAAAAGCCUCCUUGCCUUCGGCUUCCUCAGCAUUCAGUUUGUCAAUGAAGUGAUGGACGCCUAGAGCCAGUAUAUAUACUUUGUGGUUAAAAUACUUGAUUCCCCCUCGUUUGUUUUAUAAAAACAGAUGUUUUCUAGAAAAAUGACAAGUAUUAAAAUGAAGGAAACCCUAUGAAAGAAUGGCAACAGCCGGGGUGGCUGGGCCCUGGCAGAGGGCGGCGGCUGCUGGCCGGGCCUGCUGGGUGUGCCGCAGUCACCAUAGGGUUCUGAGAACAUUUCACAGAAGUGCCUGAGACACGGAGACACAGCUGGUGUUAAACGGAGUUACUUAGAAGCAGUGACGCGCUCUCAGCCACCAAAUGUCCCUGACACCCUCCCCAGCCCCCAGAGAUAACAUCAGCUGCGGCUUUUUUCAGUAUGAACCUGUUCUAAAUCAACUCCUCAAAGUGUGCACAAAACUAAAGAAUAUAAAUAAACAAAAGAAAGG